AUGGAGGGUAUUUUGACCUCCCACAUGUUUUUGACAUGCAACACGCUCGCCCUCUCCUCAUCAAUCUUACUCAUAAUCAACCUCACUUGGGGCUUCCCUUUCUUCCUCGAGGUGAUCAUUGUGACGGUCUUGAUGCUGAUGACUUACGGGCUCUCGAUCUUUGGGAUCAUGCCAACGGUGAAGGUGAAGUUCCAACAGUCGUUGUCCAUAUGCCGCUUCUCCGAUUGUCAUGAGAGUUGUCAUUCAAAUUUGCAAAAGGAGCUCGUUCAACUACAUCCGACGGGACCCAGCCCAAACCGACAUCCGCAACAUGCUCUUGCUCGCUGCCACCCUGAUGCUGCGGACACCUUCCAGGCCGGGGUCAACCCGCCGGGUGGGGUGUGGCAAGAUAACCAGGGGCACAACGCGGGCAACGCAAUCUACUCCACCCACUUGGUGCCCUUUCACGUCUUCUUGGUCUUCAACACAUUUGCACUUGCCACCUCCGUCCUCUUGAUCAUAUUGCUCACCAACCAAUACCCUUUCCAGCUGGAGAUCGUGGCAGUGACGGUCUCGAUGAUGGUUACGUAUGGAUCAGCAUUGUUCGCCGUCGUGCCCGACGAGAGGGUCAAGUUCUGCUACAACACUCUCACUGCUUUUGUGCCAGUCAUCAUAAGGGUCGUCAUCUAUGUUUACCGCAAGUAUGCAAUGAAAGCUUAGAGAGUGUAAUAUUUUAUCCAUUGUCAAUACGGAACUUCUUGUUUAUUAAUGAUCACCUUUGUUAGGUCAGUGGAACUUAAGUGCCAGAAAUGUUUGUGUUCUAGGUGCGCGCUAAUGCGAUCACAAGAGAACAAGUACCAGGAUAUCUGGGCAUCAGUUCUAAUAAGACGUGAUUUAUUUUGAAUAAGGAUGAGAUGUUUGAGUAACUCAUAACCGCGGUUCUGCAGUUCUAAGUAGAGGUGGCAAACA